CUCAGUACUUCCUGCUAGGCUUUGCUCUUCACUAUUUCCGGCUAGAACUUUGGAUCGUGUCUCACAGAUUUUAGUCGCAGUUUAAUGACAAGGCAUUGUUGUAAAAACCUCGUGUGGUGAUUACAAGUGAGAACAACGGCUGUGCAUCAUUUGGGUGACACUGAACGAGCACAAUCCCAUUACCGAUUGGAUGGAUGUCCAACUAGGAUGCCAAUAUGAAGUGUGGGCCAGAGAUGUUGGAGCAAGUCAUAGUUAAGCUGAUUACACUUUACAAGGCAAGGAAGCCAUAGAAGAUCAAAAAGAUCGCUGAGGAUGGACAACAGGGACACUGGCAGUCUGAAAGACAAUAAAAAGAUGGAUGCCAAUACACUAUGGCAGUGGCGCAUUAAGCAUGUAAAGAAGUACUCAAGACACCCAGAACCAUUCCAUUACAGCAAUAAAAUGGGACUAGAUUUUAAUGUUGGAUCCAACACACAGAAAAAAUUGGAUUCACAUUCACUGACAAAUGGUGUCAUGCUGGAGGUCUGUGACUUUGCUGAAACAGUAAAGAGGAAUAAAUGGCAUUUUAUCACAAAUAUUCUGGAGAACAAUUUUGAUCUUGGAUUGAAAAGCGAGCAACAGCGGAUUGAGUUUACUUCUCAACUUCUGCACAAAGUCAGACACCUGAUACGAAAACCCCCUGAAGAUAAACAUGAAGCUUUUACUCUCUUUGACACGUCAUCUGAGCCAGAAUGUACCAGCAAAGACAAAAGUAGACUGAACAUGGCAUCUACAGAAUAUAAGACUGACUGUUUCCUGGUGGACAUGGAUGAAAGUGAUCAUAAGGACAAAUUGAAGUGUUCACUAUCACCAUCUAAAGACUAUAUGAAGAUGGAAGAGAUGGAUGGACCACGUGCUGAUGACAGUGAUGAUGUUGAUGAAUUAGAGUGUUCAGAGCCUCAGUCAACAGAAGAACUGAAAGAGGAUGAUGUUCCGCCCUCGUUCCCUUGCUGUGAGGAAAUUGGUCUGAACCUUGAUGUUGAGUCAAAACAAAGUCUAGAUCCAGGUUUAUUGACAAAGGGCAUGAUGUUAGAACUAGUACAGUUCACAAGAACACUGACUGCAUCCAACAGAUCUAUUGUUCUCAGUGUGUUGGAGCAUAAUUUUGAACUUGAUCUUAAACGUCAACAGGAAAAAACUCAGGUUUGGUUCACAAUAUUACAACUUCAGAAAAGGAAGAAGCAACUUCUUACCACUGGAACCAAAAUCAGUCCUGAGUUUAAAAGUGAGCCAUUUUCCUUUCAGACAAAUCCCCUUGAAAAAGGAUCAGCUCUGUCCAAUGUGGGAGCCCCACUGUACCAAUUUAAAGAAGUGAGCAAAAGAAGGCAGUCUGAUUUAAAAAGUAAACGGGAAAAAAGAGCUCUUUCAACAACUAGAGAACAUGUCACCAAACGACGCAGAACAGAACAGGCUGAACAGGAAGAGACAAACACACUGUCUCAUCAUACUGAUUUAUGUAAUCGUCGAACAGUGGAGAGUGACCACAACUACAUGUGUCCUUUAGACUCAGAUGAAGCCACAGAUUCAGAAAAUGAUGAAAAUGAAGAUGACUUAAAAAACCCAACAAGUUCUGACAUCCAUAGUGAAUCAGAAUCAAGCUGUGUGGAUACACAUGAACCUUUCCUCACCACCACAGAUGGUUCAUCCAGUUUACCAAAUUUAAACCCAAACGUGAACCCAAUAUUUGCAAGUCAGCCUAAUGAAAGAGGACAGUAUGGAGAUGAAGAGAAGACAGAGAUUCCAAAAAUUGUGCCAUACAAAUGUGACAUGGAAGAAAAGGAAAUGGAAACAGAGAGCAAUAUGUGGAAGCUGCGUGUGAACCGUGUACAACAAAUCCUCUCCUUGUUAGACAAAGCAUUCACAAAGUCCAAGUCAUUUGGCCUGGAAUUCAAUGUUGGAUUUGGUCCAAAGCAAAACGUAAGUGUUGACUCUUUAACUACUUCAGUUCUGCUUGAAAUUGCAAAAUUUGCCUUAGCAAUUAAUUCAUCCCAGCAGGAUUUCAUCAUGGAGAUCCUUGAGUACAACUUUGACUUUGGCCUUUGGAGUGAAAACCAUAGGAAAACCUUUGCAUGUGAGCUUAUGAAUAGAGUAAGACAGCUUAGAAAUAGUGAUGAUGCAGUCAAACUUUCAAAAGAGGUUUUUGAACUUCCCGGCGUUGUAUCAUCCGUUAACAUGGCCAGCCAGAGCAUGGGCAGCGUCAACCCUGAAGUCAGCAGCAUAUCGAGAACAACAGAGUGUGAUGUUGCUCCCAUGUGUCCUCCUGAUUUACAAGCUGAAAACAAAGAACACAGGGUGGACAUCUAUCCCUUCUGCAAAGACAUUGGUCUGAAGCUAAACGUAAUCGGCAGUCAGCCACAUAAAAAACUUCAGAUCAACAAAUUGACCAAUGGGGCAAUGACUGAAGUGACAAACUUUGCAGAAAAGUUGUGUGGAACAUUUGAUCAGAUUUGUCUUGACAUCCUCAGACACAACUUUGAUCUUGAUUGGCAAAAUGGAGAUUCUGACCUUGCUAAAACUAUUCUCACUCAAAUCCCUAUCAUAAUGGAGCAAAAAAAUCUAUCAACCUGUAUAACAGCCUCCAAGAAAAUAAAACACUCAAUGAAAGAUUUCUCAACAAUGGUGAUGGAUUCCCAGAACAACCCAAAUGUAGAUACAUGUAGUACUAGCUCUUCCCAGACUCAAAUCAUAGACCAAAAUGUAGGGAGUUCCACUGACAAUAACCAAGAAAAUGAGCUCAAUGCAGUACUCUGGAAAUUGCGGACUAACCAAAUUCAACAGAUCCUCUCAGUGCCUCAUGUUGAACAUUGCCUAUUUUAUUCUUUUUCCAGAUGUAAGAAAUUGGGCAUUGAUUUCAAUGUGGGAUCUGGAGUAAAACAAAACCUUGAUCCAAAAUUACUGACCAAUGGCAUCAUGGUUGAAAUAAACACUGUUGCUACAGCACUGCAAUCAGCCCAAAAGCAUUUCAUCACAGAGAUACUGGAGUACAAUUUUCGUCUGAAUUUGAACAAUGAGCUUUGUCGCAGUGUUUUUGCACAGCAAGUUUUGGACAAAUUCAGAACUCUGAGAUUAAAAAAUAGAAAAUCCAGAGUCCUUAAAAUUCGUUUUGAUCUCCCUGACUCAAGAAGUAUAGAAAAAUCGUCUUAUCCAAAAACUAAAUAUUGCCACAAAUGUUAUCAAGACAGAAAUUCUAAGCCUCGUCAGGAUGAAUCUGACCCUGACCACUUGCUGCACCCUCGUCCACAUGCUAUGACUGACACAGUUUCUACUGAAGAAAACUGCACAGCACAGAAGUCUGCAAAGGCACCUGUUUCUACUUUUCAAGUAGCAGAGGAGAAAAUAAUGGACAGUUAUCCGCUCUGUAAGAAAAUAGGUUUAAUCCUAUGUGUGGACAAAGAUAAACCAAAAGAUAAAAUUGACCCCCGUGUAUUGACACGUGGUACUAUGAUUGAAGUGGCUCAUUUUGCUAAAAGAUUGUGUGGAACAAAACAUAAGCUAAUAAAUGAUGUUCUCGAACACAACUUUAAUUUUGGCAUGCAGAGCCAAGAUAUAAAUCCUGCACUGCUGUUCCACAGAAUGGUGGCACUACAUAAUAAAGGGCCCACAUGGUUCAGUGAAGUUUUUGUUGUUCAGCCAUAUCCUCACAAAGAUCCUGGAGAUGCAAGUAAACUGAAAGAGGUAUCUGCCAUGCAGAAAAGUGAAAGGAAGGAAACAACCAAAAAAAGAAAGCUGGCACUGCAAACAAAGGAACAAGCCCCACUGCCAAGUGGUAAUAUGGAUGUUGUAAAACCAAAGAGACCUCGGGGGAUUAGAGGAGAGCGCUUUCCAGUGUGUUCAGAGAUAGGUCUUGUUCUAGAUGUGACAUCACAAUCAGGGGACAAAGAAAAACUGGACUUAAGGCUGUUGAGUAGAACGGCAGUGGUGGAGAUCUAUAGAUUUGCAGUCAAGAAAGUAGGACACUAUUUCCCAGAUAUUUUGUAUGACAUCCUUGACUAUAACUUUGAUCUAAGCUCACAACACUACAGGCGGUGGGAAUUUUCCAUAGCUACUGCAACCAAGGUCAAAACCAUGGUCAAACGCUACCGGAAAAAACUAGAAAGAGCAGAUGAGGUCUUCAAGUUACCAUUUGUGUUUGAUCCCGAGGCCUCAGAAAGGUACAUACAAGAGAGACAAAAUGAGAAAAGUGCUGAAUCUUCCGUUGAAAAACCUGACAAGACAACAAAUGGAGAAGGUAGAUUUGUGCGGCAAAUCAGAUACCAUUCAGAUGUCAAUCGUGUCUAUUUCCUUGAUGUCAAAACUAAUGAGGAACUAUUGUUUGAAGAGGAGGACACAAAGUCCCAAACAUAUCCUGUGACAAUAAUCCAGAUGACUGGGAGUCCAGUGAGUGGCGGUUGUGACAGUGUUCUCCAGGGAAACUUACAGAUCAAAGAGGAGGAAAAUGGUUCACAUCAUGGCGAUAUGAAACCAGAACUAGUCACUGAGGAAAAAUAUCAUACAGAUUGUGGGGAUGUCAAAACGGAGCCAAGCACUGAUGAUGUCAAGUAUUUAGUCCAAGGUAAAGCUGCAGGAUCCCCAUCCCCAUAUACUUUCACCAUAUGUUCAGACUCUGAAGGCAAUAUAAAAACAGAAUCAAAAACAGAGGAUACCCACUAUUACAUCCUGGCUGAACCACAAUUAUCACAAGGAUAUGCUAUGCUAACCGUAUGUCCAAACACAGAGAGCAGUGUGAAAACAGAAUGUGACACUGAGGAUGUCAAGUAUGAAAUCCCAGUUGAAGCAGCAGGAUCCCAGGGAUACUCCAUGGUAACCAUAUGUCAGGACACUGAGAAUACAUUGAUCAAAGAGGAGCAAAAACAUGUGCCAGUCUUCAUUGUGGAGAUGUUUCAAUCACAAAGUGAAGUGGACAUCAAACAGGAGCAAGAUUCCUAGUGAUGUAAAUGAUGGUUCACAUGCGACUGGUGUUUUACACUAAAAAAAUCAGUAAGAUUGGAUUGGCAAUGAAGAUUAAAGUUUGAAUGGAGUUUUCUUAAAUUCUAUAAAACUAAGAGAAUGCAUUUGAUGAAUCGCUGCAAAGCUGCAGAGCUGCAUACUUCAUCUAAUUAUUCAAAGCCUAAAGCUGAUUAAAUAAAAAGUAUUGGCCCAAAAGGGAAAAACUUAACACUUAGCUUUCUUUUUUUCCAUCUGUGCUCAGCCAUUGUUACAGUAAGAUGAAAGAAGUUCAUACGAAUCUGAAUUGGCAUCAUGUAACACAGAAAUCUACUUUUAUGGGUGUGAGAUUAUGUUCUCCUUUCUUUUUGUUCUUACAUUUUUCCACUAUAUUGAUUUAGUGUCAUUAGUGUUUUUUAUGACCAUUCAUUGUUAUAUAAAUACUGUUUUGUGUUGAUAAUUUUUCAAAAAGCAUCACUACACACUGACCAUAAGACGUUUGGUCAUGUCUUGAACUUAUGAAACAAAUAGGUAAGAUGAUGUAACAGUGCUUGUUUAUUUUCAUACACUUAUAAUACAGUAAAACAAGGGAAAGGAAAAAUACCUAGAACUACUGUAUUGUUUAUUACUCUAAUAGAUUCUAUAUAAAGUUUUGAAAAUA